CCAAUACACACCAGAAAUCCCUCACCAAAAAUCUUCAACCCUAAAAUCUCAAACUUCAUAAAGCUUUCGAAAAUGUCUGGCCGUGGAAAGGGAGGCAAGGGUUUGGGCAAGGGCGGAGCCAAGCGGCACAGGAAGGUUCUCCGGGACAACAUCCAGGUUAGAAACCUUUCGAAAAUGUCUGGCCGUGGAAAGGGAGGCAAGGGUUUGGGCAAGGGCGGAGCCAAGCGGCACAGGAAGGUUCUCCGGGACAACAUCCAGGGUAUCACGAAGCCAGCGAUCCGGAGACUGGCGAGGAGAGGAGGGGUCAAGAGAAUCAGCGGGCUAAUCUACGAGGAGACAAGAGGGGUGCUGAAGAUCUUCUUGGAGAACGUUAUUCGCGACGCAGUGACGUACACUGAACACGCUAGGAGGAAGACCGUGACAGCCAUGGAUGUUGUCUAUGCGCUGAAGCGGCAGGGAAGGACUCUCUACGGGUUUGGAGGUUAAAGAUCUGGGCGUACUGGAAAUGUAUUUGCGAUUUUCAUUUGGUCUCAAACGCUUUUCUUUUGUGUUAACAAAAUUCCAGAUUGAAAUAGAUGGGUUAGAUUUCCUGUAAUCAUAUCUGAUUUGAAUCUGAAUAUAGCUUUUUCUUUUUAGUAUAAUCAGAGAAAAUGCCCAAAUGGAGUUGAAUUAUCA